AUGAUCGGGAAUUUGGUGGGAAUGCUCAUGAACAAACCAACUUCCAAGUGGAUAGUUCGUGUGAUGAACAAUAUGAAGACGGAUAUAGCUUGCUUCCGCUUCGGUCGUGUCCAUGUCAUUGCUAUAACAUCUGAUGAGAUUGCCCGUGAAGUCCUUAGGGAGAAAGAUACGGUUUUUGCCGACAGGCCGGACUCUUACUCCGCCGAAUACAUAAGUUGCGGGUACAAGGGGGUGGUGUUUGAUGAAUACGGCGAGAGACAAAUGAAGAUGAAGAAAGUGAUGAUGUCCGAGUUAAUGUCCACAAAGGCUUUAGACUUAUUACGUGACGUUAGAAACUUGGAAUCCGACAAUCUCCUCGCAUAUGUCCUUAACAUAUAUUACAAGAAAGGUGGGUUAGUGAACGUAAGGGAUGUUGUAUGCACUCACACUCACAAUGUGAAGAUGAGACUAUUGUUUGGUCGAAAGCAUUUCAAGGAAACGACAAAGGAUGGGAGCCUCGGUCCGAUGGAGAAAGAACAUUUUGACGCCAUUUUUAAGGCUCUUGAUUGUUUCUUUAGCUUUUACAUAGCUGAUUACUACUCUUUCUUUAGAGGAUGGAAUCUUCAAGGAGAGGAGGUUGUGUUAAGAGACGUCGUCGAUGUUAUCGCUAAGUACAACAAAAUGAUUAUUGAUGAGAAGAUAGAGUUGUGGAGAAAGACCAAAAAUGUAGACUACGACAUGCCCAAGGAUUGGUUAGAUAUCCUCUUCACUCUCAAAGAUGACAAGGGGAAGCCGCUGCUUACGCCACAAGAAAUCACACAUCUCUCCAUUGAUCUUGAUGUAGUAGGCAUUGAUAAUGCAGUGAAUGCAAUAGAGUGGACAUUAGCAGAAAUGUUGAACCAUAGAGAGAUUCUUGAACAAGCAGUGGAAGAGAUCGAUAGGGUUGUGGGGAAAGACAGGCUUGUUCAAGAGUCGGACGUAAAGAAUCUAAAUUACGUCAAAGCUUGUAUCAGAGAAACUCUCAGACUUCACCCAACCAACCCUUUCCUCGUCCCUCAUAUGGCUCGUCAAGAUACAACUCUCGCUGGCUAUUUCGUCCCAAAAGGCAGUCAUAUUCUAGUGAGUCGUCCUGGUAUUGGUCGAAACCCUAAAACAUGGGACGAGCCACUCAUCUACAAGCCUGAGCGUCACCUAACCGGUGAUGAAGUGAUGUUGACUGAGGCAGACAUGCGACUUGUUUCAUUUGGAACCGGCAGGCGUGGCUGCGUUGGGACUAAGCUUGGGACCUAUAUGAUUGUUACAUUGCUGGGAAGGCUUCUCCAAGGGUUCAACUGGACCAUUCCUCCAAAGUCGACUGGCAAAGUCGAGCUAAUCGAGUCGAAAGAAAAUUUGUUUAUGGCUAAGCCUCUCUUAGCUUGUGUGGAGCCUAGAUUAGAUCCCAACAUGUACCCUAAACUUCGGACUAGACAGGAUUGA